AGAGCUCCAACUAGCUCAGUCAUGUAUUGUUUUCAGCCUAGUUCAGUUGUGUGGUUUGGUAGGAGCUGAUUGAAGUGACUGUGUGCUGCUUCAUUGGCCUACAACUAUGGCUGGAGCCAUGAGGUUUCUCUUAAGAUGGUUGCUGUUGUCCUUGCUAGCUUUAGGAAGACAUCAAGCAAAUGCUCAAAGUACUGGAUCUGCUGACAAGUAUGGAGGACAGGAUGUGCCAGUUGCAGGCAACCGACCGGAUUCAAGUGGCUUAAAUCCUGGAUACGACUCUUCAUGGAGUGCUUCAGGCUCAUUUCCAAAUGCGGUAUCACAGUCUAGCAGUCGGCCUCGGGUUCCUAGCUACAAGCCCCAGCGAAGCAGCCUCAGUUCCUAGUACCUGCCAAGCAGCCUCCCCAGCAGAAGCAGCCGCAGGUUCCUGCUACCGGCCCAAGCAGCCGCAGGUUCCACGCUACAGGCCCCAGCAGACUUUCUACAAGCUCAAGAUGCCCCAGAUGCCACGCUAUCUGCCCAAGCAGCCACCAGUUAUGAAAAAGCUCUUCAGACAACAGGUGCCUAGCUACCCUCAGCGGCCUAGCUAUCCCUCCAAGCAGCCCCAGGUGCCCAGCUACCCACUUCAGCAGCCCCAGGUGCCUAGCUAUCCAUCCAAGCAGCCUCAACCUCAGCAGCCCCAGGUGCCCAGCUACCCACCUCAGCAGCCCCAGGUGCCUAGCUAUCCAUCCAAGCAGCCCCAACCUCAGCAGCCCCAGGUGCCCAGCUACCCACCUCAGCAGCCCCAGGUGCCUAGCUAUCCAUCCAAGCAGCCUCAACCUCAGCAGCCCCAGGUGCCUAGCUAUCCAUCCAAGCAGCCUCAACCUCAGCAGCCCCAGGUGCCCAGCUACCCACCUCAGCAGCCCCAGGUGCCCAGCUACCCACCUCAGCAGCCCCAGGUGCCUAGCUAUCCAUCCAAGCAGCCUCAACCUCAGCAGCCCCAGGUGCCUAGCUAUCCAUCCAAGCAGCCUCAACCUCAGCAGCCCCAGGUGCCUAGCUAUCCAUCCAAGCAGCCUCAACCUCAGCAGCCCCAGGUGCCUAGCUAUCCAUCCAAGCAGCCUCAACCUCAGCAGCCCCAGGUGCCUAGCUAUCCAUCCAAGCAGCCUCAACCUCAGCAGCCCCAGGUGCCUAGCUAUCCAUCCAAGCAGCCUCAACCUCAGCAGCCCCAGGUGCCUAGCUAUCCACCCAAGCAGCCACAACCUCAGUGGCCCAGCUACCCACCUCAGCAGCCCCAGGUGCCUAGCUAUCCACCUCAGCAGCCCCAGGCGCCCAGUUACCCAUCCAAGCAACAUCAACCUCAGCAGCCCCAGGCACCCAGCUACCCACCUCAGCAGCCUCAACCUCAGUGGCCCAGCUACCCACCUCAGCAGCCCCAGGUGCCUAGCUACCCACCCCAGCAGCCCCAGGAUGCACUGCUACACUGAGGACAUUCAACUGGAGCAUUGUCUUGACUUGAAAAAUAAACUUCUAUUCUAUAAUGUC